AUGAUGAGCAAUUCCAAUUUGAGUCCUAUGGACAUUCCAGAAAUUAUUUUGCGUGUUGGCGACUUCCUAGAACAAGAUGAUCUCUUACGCUGUAUUCUUGUCUCCAGGACUUUCCGCAAUACACUUGCUGGCUCUAUAUCCAUUUACAAAAGGAUUGAGGUUGGAGAAACCUAUUCAAGAUAUAGAAAGUAUCCUACUGGUGCAGCACUGCAGAGCUACAAGGAAAAUAUUGAGGAGCUUCUAUUCUAUUACAAGUUUCCAAAGGAGUACAUGUCGUUGCAAGGCUGUGUUCGCCUCCAAUCCAUCGAAUGUCGAAGCCAGCUUUCGUUCAAUCUGAGUGAGCUUUCUAGCUUGAUUAUGUCCCACAGUUCCACAAUCACCAAAUUUGAGCUCACUACACCGGGUGACUCAUCUUUACGAGAGAUAUGGACAGCAUUACUGGGAUGCACGCAUCUAGAAGUGUUAACCAUUUCUAGUACUUACGUGUCUAAUGACCAGGUCGAUCUAUUCUUUCGAGUCUGCAAGAGAGUUAGGUGCUUGGAGAUGUCUUGUGUAACAAUCAAUCGACUACCCUCCAACUUCUUGAACGACGGCACAGAUGAAUUCAUUUUCCCAAAUAUGACCACAUUACGUCUUCGCUUUGUCAAGAUAUCCACGCCUCCAACCUUUUAUUCAUCAUCUUAUUGUCUCGGCAUAUUGGCUAAGAGAUGUCCAAAGCUACGCUCAUUAAAGUUCGGUGAAUACACGGAUGACGAUAUUUCAUAUCCAACAGGUGGCCGUGAUAUCUAUAAGGCAGUAUUCGUUGAUCAUCCCUUCACAUCGACAAGUCUAUCAGACCUGUAUAUGGGGUCCUUCAGAAUAAAAGACGAGGACAUGGCAGCACUUCUCAGAAAGAUGACUGAACUAAGACGGCUAGAUAUCCCAGAUUGUGAAUUCGGUCCACUCUCUAUGCAAGAAUUACUAGCAGACGAGCAGGAGGUUCUGGAUGGUGGGCACAUAGUACGGAAGAGAAGGGAUCGGAGGCUCUGCGACACAAUUCAAGUACUGAGAUUCAACAAACAAGCCACAAUCUUUGCCGGUGUUGGUCAAGCGAUCUUAUCCAAUUGUCCACGUCUGAAGGUAUUGGCGGGGCCCAAAGUGAAAGUGACAGAAAUUGUUGAUGGUGAAGAAUGGGUUAGCACUGAUCUCACCCAUUUGGUCAUUCAACUUGAAGCCGAUGUUGACCAGGAGAGUACAGAGGGCAUGCAGAAGCAGCGUAUUGUAUUUAGGCAGCUAGGCAAGUUGACUAAACUACAUGUCCUUAAUUUGACCCAUUAC